UGUAUUUCGAUGCAAAAGCGUACAUAUACGAUCUGGUCUUUGUGUUUGUUUCUAUGUGUGUGUGGCUCUCUCCCUCCCCCCCCCGACCCCUUCUCUCUCUCUCUCUCUCUCUCUGGGAGCCCUAGAUCUCAUCUCAAUCAACUAUAACAGCGAGGUCUGGCUCUAGAUCUUCUUUGAUCCAAAACGUCGUCCUCCUUAAUCUUUCUCUUGCGGAUUUCAUCGUAUGUAGAGAUCUCUCCGUUGAUUUCACGUUUCGGUCAAUCAGAUCCUGCAUUCUGCGUAAAUCAGUUUACUGAAGGCUGGUCAUGGGUAGGCUCUUAGGUGUUGUCACUUAUUAAAGAGAUCCUGGAUAGAGACUGGAAAUUGUGCAGGUCACUUCAAGAUCAAGCUGCUAUGAAUUAAUUUUAGAUGAAGGCAGCUCAAGCCUGGCGUCUAAGCAUGAAGGACAUGCAGAUCUUGCCUGGUCCUCGCAGUCGUCCCCACUUAAGGAAGCCAAAAUGGAUAAUUGUCUUGGUUACCUUGGUCAGCGUGUUCUUGAUCUGCGCUUAUAUUUAUCCACCCAACAACUCUGUUGCAUGUUACAUGUUCUCUUCUAAUGGUUGCAAUGGCCAUUCCCAUUGGCGCCCACCUCCUCCUGCAAGGGAGUUUAGCGAUGAAGAGAUUGCUUCCCGAGUUGUGAUUAGGGAUAUUCUUAGCGCACCGGCUCUUCAAACAAAGAACCCUAAAAUUGCUUUCCUUUUCUUGACCCCAGGUCCAUUACCUUUCGAGAGGCUAUGGGAUAUGUUUUUUCAUGGCCAUGAAGGCAAAUUCUCUGUCUAUGUGCAUGCAUCAAAGGAUAAACCUGUACACUUUAGCCGUUACUUUAUCAAUCGGGAAAUUCGCAGUGACAAGGUAGUGUGGGGAAAGAUCUCGAUGGUUGAUGCUGAAAAACGCCUCUUGGCUAAUGCACUGAAAGACCCUGACAAUCAACAGUUUGUAUUACUUUCUGACAGUUGUAUACCUUUGCGUAAUUUUAACUUCGUGUACAACUAUCUAAUGUAUACCAAUAUCAGCUUCAUUGACUGCUUCAUCGAUCCUGGUCCACAUGGAACUGGCAGGUAUUCAGAUCAUAUGUUACCUGAAGUGGAGAAGAGUGACUUUCGGAAGGGUGCACAGUGGUUCACAAUGAAGCGCCAACAUGCAUUGAUAGUGAUGGCCGACAGUCUCUACUAUACGAAAUUCCAUGAUUACUGCAAGCCAGGUAUGGAGGGCUCGCGCAAUUGUUACUCAGAUGAACACUACCUGCCCACCUUUUUCCACAUGAUUGAUCCAGCCGGCAUUGCAAACUGGUCAGUGACACAUGUUGACUGGUCUGAAGGGAAGUGGCAUCCAAAAUCAUACAGGGCUCGUGAUAUUACUUCUGAGCUCUUCAGAAAUAUCACUUCUAUUGAUGAAAGUGUGCAUGUUACAAGCGAUGAAAGGAAGGAAGUCCAAGUUAGACCAUGCUUGUGGAAUGGAAUGCAACGGCCGUGUUAUUUAUUUGCGAGAAAGUUCUUGCCAGAAACUCUGGAUAACUUGUUGCUACUUUUCUCCAAUUACACAAAAGCUUGAAUGGCUGAUGAUAUCUGAACUAUAAUUCUUUGGUCGGACCACUGGUUGUCCGCGACCCCCUUCUUCAUCUUCAUUUCUCUGUGUAGCUUACAAUGUUGUAAAGCACCUUGCUCUUGCUGUAGAAGGAACGAAUGCGCGUCCUCCCACACCACCUGGCUCUUUUUUUAGCUCAAGGGUUAGCCGAAAAUUGGUUGACAGGUUCUUGCUAGCCUUGGGGAUGGGUGAUUCAGCGUUCCAUUUUUCUGCUCCUUGUGUUGCAAUUGUAGCCGUUUUUGACCAAAAUUUUGGGUACUUUAUUAUAGUGCGAUUAAUUGUGACCUUUUCCUUCUGUAAAA